AUGGAGGAAGAACCUCUAAACAACCACCCUCCCUCUCACACACCCACUCUCACACACACCCACUCCCACUCACACAACUUCUCACACAGCCACUCUCACACACAGCCACCCUCCCUCUCACACACCCUCUCACACAGCCACUCUCACACACACCCUCUCCCUCUCACACACCCUCUCACACAGCCACUCUCACACACAGCCACCCUCCCUCUCACACAGCCACCCUCACACACAGCCACCCUCCCUCUCACACACCCUCUCACACAGCCACCCUCACACACACCCUCUCACACAGCCACCCGCACACACACCCUCUCACACAGCCACUCUCACACACAGCCACCCUCCCUCUCACACAGCCUCUCACACACAGCCAGUCUCACACACAGCCACCCUCCCUCUCACACAUCGUCUCACACAGCCACUCUCACAGACAGCCACCCUCCCUCUCACACACCCUCUCACACACCCUCUCACACAGCCACUCUCACACACAGCCACCCUCCCUCUCACACAUCCUCUCACACAGCCACUCUCACACACAGCCUCCCUCCCUCUCACACACCCUCUCACACACAGCCACCCUCCCUCUCACACAUCCUCUCACACAGCCACUCUCACACACAGCCACCCUCCCUCUCACACACCCUCUCACACACAGCCACUCUCACACACAGCCACCCUCCCUCUCACACACCCUCUCACACAGCCACCCUCACACACCCUUGA